CGACCACCUUAAUUUUUUAUUGGAGCCAAGCAUCGCAACUGAAACUGGCGACAGACACUUGUUGAUAAAUUGCAAGGUGAUAUAUCGUGAGAGUGACAAUCUGUCUGUUCCCUCUCUACAGUCUUCACAAUGCUUGUUCUUGAGGAACAGCGCUACCUCCAUGAGGACCUCGAGCGCCUCGAGCAAGCCGUCGCGGAUCGGCUUCGCGAUGAUCGCAAGAACAUUCGAAAUCGCCUCAACAGGGACCACGAAGUAUCGCAGCUUCUCGACCAAAUCCAGACACAAUCCAAGAGCCUUCGAAACGUUUACCUAGAUGAAAGCGGAGCACGCGCUGCCGAGAUUCAGCAAAUUGGCACUGGUGACCCCUUUCAAGAGUUUUACAGACAGCUGAAGGAUGUGCGAGAGCAUCACGCCAAGUACCCGAACGAACAGGCCGAGAACUCAGAACAGAGAUACCGACAGCGACCAGCAGACCACGGCGACAUCCCCAUGAUUGUCGACACAAUCUUCUCUGGAGAAGAAGCAUUCGGCCGAUACUUUGAUCUUACGACUUCACACGAAGAAUAUCUCAACCUGCCCAACGUUAAGCGGAUCAACUAUAUCCAAUACUUGGACACUUUCGACAACUUUGCUCCUGGCGUCAGCGGGAUCAAGCGAAACGACAAAUUAUCAGACCAAUAUUUCAAAUACGUGGGCGAGCUUGCCACUUACCUAGAAUCAUUUAUGCGCAAAAUCAGACCGCUAGAGAAUGUCGAUAAAGUAUUAGAGUCUUUCGAUGCCGAUUUCGACGAACAGUGGACAAAGGAUGAGAUUGAAGGUUGGCAGAAUGCUGUCCCGUCGGCAGAAGGCUCUGGGCAAAAUGGUGCGGAUCCUGAUUCCAUUUGGUGCGAGGAUUGCCAAAAGUCCUUCAAGAACGAGAAUGUGUACAAGAACCACCUUACAGGACGCAAGCACGUCAAAGCAGUGGAACAGCGCAAAGCGCGACAGGAGGAAUCAGCGAACGGAGCCAGUGGCGGCUCAGGUACUCAGACAUCUGCAACAAGAUUAAAAGAGAGAGCCAUUGCCCAGCGUGAAUUCCGCACAAAGCGUCUGGCGGCUGCUAUGAGCACAGAACGAGAAGAUACCCGCGUCAACGUUGAGCGCCGCCAGGGCAUGACGGAGCACGAGCGACAGCAAGAACUCGACAGUCUUAUCAAUACGGUGGAGCCACAACAAGGUCCAGCUGGCGAGGCCGACGAUGAGGAAGAGGAUGGCGACGAAGCCGUAUACAACCCGCUGAAACUGCCUCUUGGCUGGGACGGCAAGCCUAUUCCUUACUGGCUGUACAGGCUACACGGACUUGGUGUGGAAUUCCCGUGCGAAAUCUGCGGAAAGUACGUGUACAUGGGACGACGCGAGUUCGAGAAGCACUUCAACGAGGCUAGACAUAUUUACGGCCUCAAGUGUCUCGGCAUCACCAACACCACGCUCUUCAGGGACAUUACACAGAUUGAUCAGGCGGUUAAGCUCUGGGAAAGACUUCAAAAGGAGAAGAAGAAGGGCAAGAUCGACGAUGGAAGUGUGGUACAGAUGGAGGAUGGCGAUGGCAAUGUUAUGCCUGAAAAAGUAUAUUACGAUUUGCAAAAGCAGGGCCUGCUAUAAGCCCGGGGCGGGUGUAUUAUCAUGUAUUGUUCAUAGAUUCAGCUGUAGGCGUCUGGUGUCUGACGUUGUGAUUUGAUCCAUUUUCAAUCGAAAACAAAUUCUUAUUUC